AUGCUCCUCAUUCUUGGAGCUUUGAACGAGGGAUGGAUCGUGAGCAGUCCGAACUGGGAAGGUCCUAACUCGACUUUCAUUGAAGGUUUUCAGGCUGGCCAAUCUACUCUCGAUUCUGUCCGUGCAGUGCUUUCGUCAGGCAAGAUCACAGGUGUAAAGAGUGAUGCCAAGGCCCAGAUGUGGGGCUACAGCGGUGGUGGGCUAGCCUCAGAAUGGGCUAUGGAACUGCUGUCGUCUUACGCUCCUGAACUUAAAUUCGUCGGAGCUGCGAUCGGAGGAGUGACCCCAAGCGUGCAGAACGUGUACGGGACUAUCAACCAUGGCCCUUUCGCCGGAAUCGCCGCUGCCGCCCUCCUAGGCAUGGCCAAUGCAUUCAAGGAUUUUCAGACGGCGUUAACGAACCAGUUGAUUCCGGCAAAGACAGCGGAGUUUUACCAAGCGGGACAGAAUUGCUUCUACAGUGAUGUAGUGCUUUUCGCCGGACAGAACAUCUCUUCAUACUUCUACAAUGGUGACAAUAUCGUCCUCGAGCCAACUCUUGCCAAAUACUUUCGCUCGAACGCACAAAUGGGUCGUCACGGCGUUCCAUCGAUGCCGCUAUUCGUCUACAAGGCGGUGGCCGAUGAUAUCUCUCCUAUCGCCGAUACAGAUGCGUUGGUGGACCAUUUCUGCGGCGACGGUGUCUCAAUCACCUACGUUAGGGAUGUGGCGAGUGAGCAUUCCACGCAAGCCGCCACUAGCUUUCCAGAUGUUAUCAACUUCCUUGGCGCGAGGUUUGCUGGAACUCCUAUUGCUGGUUGCUCGAUUCGAAACGAGUUUCUAGAUGCAUUGGACGCAGGCGGGCCUUCGUAUUUUGGCAGCAUUAUCGUCACCGAACUUUUGAAUCUACUAGGUAAACCAGUUGGUCCAGGUAAUGUUUAG